GGUGGGAGGUACAGUUUAGUCAGGGGGAGUGUGUGAUAUUGUAGAGGCCAUAUAAUGUUGGCAAACACAGUCUCCCUAAACUGAACAUAUUAGAGCUUUGUUUCUGAAAGACACAAGUUGUUGUGAGCGUUUUUAAGAAGUCUGCCUUUAAGAAGGAUGGCUGCAGCCCAUGCUGAGGUGUGUGUUUGGAAUGAACUGUGGCAACAAGAUUUUCAGGUCUAUGGAGGACGAGUAUGUAACACACUCAUGGAAGGCUCUUGGGCAGACAGAACUCCUCUCCAUGAUUCAGCUUUGCAGGGCCGGCUACUCCCAAUUAAGAAGUUCCUAUCUCAGGGGAUGAAUGUUGGUGUGGCCACACUGGAUGGCAUCACUCCGUUACAUGAGGCCUGUCUAGGGGGCCAUUUUGCCUGUGCUAAACUGCUGCUGGAACAUGGGGCUGAUGCUAACGCUGUGUCUGUCGAUGGAGCCACGCCUCUCUUCAAUGCAUGCUUCAGCGGUAACACCGCCCUCCUCCGACUCCUUCUAAAGCAUAGCUCUGUCCAUCACCCAGCUCACUUGCGUAAUUCACCUAUCCAUGCUGCCGCAAAGCAAGGUCACACAGCGUGUGUGGAGUUGCUGCUGUCUUAUGGGGUUGAUGCUGAUAUGGAGUUGGAUGAAGUAGGCACACCGCUUUACUGUGCAUGUGAAACCAGGAGCACAGAGUGUGUUCAGAGACUUCUGAUCUUAGCAGUUCGAGUGGGUGGAGCCAAGGAGGUGGCUCUGUUGCUCGAGCACGGGGCUGAUGGGAAAUGUAGGAAUUCAGAAGGCAAGACACCUCUUGACCUGGCUAUAGAUAACAGCAUCCAGCAUCUUCUGCAGACAGCAGGUCCAUGGUCUCUGUCACAGUUGAGCCGGUUAUGCAUUCGUCGUUCCUUGGGCCAAAAAAGACUGAACAGCGCCAGAGGUCUCCAAUUACCAGACAUUCUACACACUUAUAUUCUGUAUCAAUAACACACAGACACUCACACACACAGACACACACACACAUACACACUUCAUGUUUACUGCACCGACUACUCAGUUUACAGAAUUUUAAACACGUGGACAAAUCUUUAGGAACUAGGUUUCUGAUAAAGUUUCUGGAAAUAUUUUGCUGUAAAUAAAUUAUUUGUAUUCAA